AUGAAAUCCUAUGAUGCAACCACGGAUCCGGAGGAUCAUCUGUUCGUAUUCUUGACGCAAAUGCGCCUACAAACGACUGCUGAUGCAAUCAGAUGUAAAACAUUUCCCAUGUUCCUGGAAGGAAAGACGCGUCAAUGGUUUCAAGGGCUACCCCCUCGGUCAUUCUGCUCUUUUGAUCAGCUCGCGUGCCUGUUCGCAGCUCAGUUCGUUUCGUUGAGAGUCUUUUCCAAGAGUACAGCUCACCUGAUGACAAUCCAUCAAAACCCUGAUGAGUCGUUGCGCAAAUACAUGGUGCGAUUCAACAACGAGUCCCUUCAGGUCCGGGAUCAGGACGAUAAGGUUGUCAUGGCCGCCUUCAUCAACAGACUGCCCAAGCAGAAACUACAUACCGUGUUCGUAGAGAAACCUCCCAAGUCAAAUCGGGAGAUACUGGACCGAGCUCACGAGAAGGCUAAUGCAGAAGAGGCCAAUCGCUUGAAGAGUGCGCAGGAAAGACUGAGGGACGAAAGACGAAGAAAGAGCACGGAUUAG